ACCAAAACACUGUAAAACGGCGUUGUUGCAGGAUCUGUACUUUUUUCUGCAAAAUAUUUUUCUAGGUGAAUAAGCGAGACUCGUAAUGAACUAGCGCAAGUAAGUUGUUAGACUGGAAAAAGGUGCUAACUAUGGCUAUGCCUACGCAUGCAGAUGUUGAGUGGUCGUUGUGGUAAUCAGAGCUAAACAAGACCAAAAAGUCCAUGGCUCGGGGUGAGGGGUCGACAAUGACCAAACACGCAUGCCUCCUUUCAACGAUACGUGUACAAUCUGCCGCGUCAUCUUUAGGGCCUCAAGAAACUGCGCCGCAUAUUACCGCCCGAAGCCUUAGCGUACCAACAUUUCUAUUGGUUUUGGAACGAUCAACACGCGACCUCCUGGGUGGAAGAACCGAACGAACGGUGUUGGUGUCACCUUCGGGGGAGAGAAAUAGGGACGAUAAGUGGUCUUCUAGAUUUAUUGUUGGAUAAUGGUUUUUCGUUCCGACCUGUCAGAAUCACUCGGGUGGAACCCCUUACCCGUGUACUGGCGUGGCCAUCCAGGAAAUCGAUUUUGGGCUGUGGAGUUACGGGGGGUACCGUCAGCCCAUCUUUAUUUACAGCAUCUUGGAGUAGCCAGUUGCAGUUCCUUGUCCUUCUUAUUGGGUUUGGAACUACAAGCAGCUACUACUACAACUACUAUUAAAAGAUGUUCCCAACAAGGUAUGGGUUGUCGGUACCUCUAAUGGAGGUAACAUCCUCACAAAUCACUGUUUUUGAGGUGCUACAAGAUCUCUGGUUGGUCUCCUACUUGGGCUGCGACGCGAAGAGAAUACAAACCUUGCCUAGUGGAGGACAUGUGCACUAAGGCAAAAAAAUGCGUUGUUUGAAUUCAUUUUCGUUGAUACACGUAAGAAUGCUAUAGCAGAUUAGUAGAGCAGUCAUCGCAUUCAUGGAUUGGGAUUAGUAGAGUAGUCAAUCUCCAUUCUGCAUACAUUCAUUUCCGUUACAUCUAAAACGGGUACCUACUUCUAUGGCUUGCUGAGGACUACUUACCACAUUAUCAUUAUCUGAUUUCAAAUCUACUGGAACUGGAGCUGAGCCUGAGCCUCGCUCCCUACUACGUCUAAUCCCUUUUGAACAGAACUACAAGCGUAGAGAACAAGGCAGGAGGAAAAGAACAGCAUUUACUCUUUCGCCACUUUCGCCACGAUGACGAGAGCUAUCAAGCUUUAGAAACACUGGAAGCGCGUGAACGUUUUCUAGAACGCGAAUACCGUGGAUUUUUGCUACGUUUGGCCGGCUGUGUGCUUUCAACAUCUUCUGCAUCGUCUACGUGGUCGGCCUCGGAAGAACCGUUUAGCCUGGACCGACUCUCGGAAGCGUUGGAGGAAAAUCUACAGCUGCAACGCCAAGUGGAGAGAGCCAGAGCUGAACAAGCAUUACGGACGACGUGAGUUGUUAUAAUUUUUACAAGAGCGAUGAAAGUAGAGCACUUCCAGCACCAGGCUUUAGAAGAGAACACCACCGGGCUUCGAAUGUCCUCGUAUCUAAGUAUGUACAAGGAAGAAGAAGAUUUCAUCACUCAAGGCUCUGAGAUGAUUUUUUCUGUGACGGCGAGGAAGAGUCUUUUUCUCUGUCUAGUGUUCGGUUGUCUCUAGUAUUCUGCAUCGUAAUCUUCAAGAACCUCUAACAACUUCCACCUCCGACGAGCGAGGACAAGACGAAGGAGAGGAGGAACAAGGGUCGUCUUCAUCAGCAGAGGACAAUUUUGAGGCUGCCUUACGUACUGUGCGCAUCUUCCUAGUGGCUCCAAGUUUCCAAGGUCAGGUUGUGGAGAGGGAGCUUCUACUUUCCGAGCGACCCUUGGAGAUCCUGAAGCAAGCUGGGGGAAGUAUCUGUCGACUCUUUGUGAAGACAAGGCUGCAAGUCGAAGCCGAGGCUGCACGAACACGAAGGUUCCAGUACUUGCUCGAUCGACCUUUCCUGUUAAAAGCGCAUAGUGGAAGCGGAUUUUUCGAAGGAGACGGACGAGGAUCUCCUGUUGGCCAUCGUCACCUUGGAAGGAGAGGGAGAGCAAGAACAGGUGGUAGGUCAAAACAAAACAAGGACGAGAGAAAACGAAGUACGUCGAAGACAGGAGAAGGUGGCUUUGGAGCAGAGAAACGAGACUGGAACAGGACGAGUGACGAUACUACUUUCGGUGGCUUUGGAGCAGAGAAACGAGACUGGAACAGGACGAGUGACGGGAAAAAUAUUUACGAUUCUACUUCCCACGAGGACCACUACAACGACACUAGCUCCACUACAGCAGGAACGCGAACAGCAACAGAUUACUCACUUCGCAACUACAACAAGGAGGACAAGAACGCCCAGUCAUCGUCUCAAGUAGGAGAGAAAAACAAAAAGAACGAUUUUCUUUACAGCAAAGAUUCUCACACCCCACCCACAACCGCUGCUUCUUCCUCAUCCGAAGGCCACAACACCAAUAACAACUAUUCGACUUCUUCCCAUCUUCAGGGUCGAACGAUGCGGGGUGCGACAGAAUUGCGUGCAGGCCUGCUAGAGAAAAAGUCAGCUAAGUCAGAUGCCUGGAAAUGGAGAGAAUUUCGCUUGACCAACGAAUCACUGGUCUACUUCAGAGCAGGUGGCGGCGCCGGUGGCGACAGUAAAGCGAAAACAACACCACUGUCUGAAUUUUUGAGGGUUGAGCCACAGAACAAAACUGGAGCGGUGUUCCUGAUAUCGACGAAGAAGAGGACGUACUUUUACAUUGUGAUGUUGACUAAUGCCUAGCGUAAGUUGACGGCGUCAAUGAAUUUUUGACGAUGGCGUGUAGAUUUAUGAGAUUCAUCCCUCUGUACCAGUACUUGUAGUUGUAGUACCAGUACACCUCCCGCUAUCGCUUCAUCGUCCACACUACAGGUUCACCCUUCGCGCUCGUUCCACCUCCGAUCGUGAAGGUUGGAUCUUAUCCGUUGCCAAGCAAGCGGCUAUUGUGAAGGAAUUGGAGCUAGCGGCACAAGCAGAAGUUUGCAUAGCUGAACUUCAGAUGGAAAGUUGGAACCGCAGAGAGAAAACCUUCAGAAAAGCUACAUCUCGAGGGUAUCGUGAAUGCUGUGCCUUUGCAGAAGAUACAAAGGAACUCUUUGCGGAUUUUUGCUGGCAAGAAUUCUUUGAACCUGCAUUAGGAUUCAGUGGGAGCGCUGGGAGACGACGUCCAGCAGCUGAGGGAGGCGCUGCUGGUUCGAGUUCAGGGGUAUUAUUUUUAUUAGUAGUGCUUGAGGCUUUAACAAACGCAAACCUAAGGCUAACUAUGGCUACGGGACUUUAUCAUAAUGUCAAGACACCCGCGCCGUUUUUAGAGAGCACAAUGCAACAACUUGCCCUCAGAGUCUGAAGAAAUUCCCUACCUCCUUAUCUUCUCUCUCAUUCCAGGUCGCAAACGGACAUCAGCCAGUCCUCCCUUUCCGACGAAGAGAAGAUCUCGCUGCCUUUCUAUGCCGUAAAGAACCGGCAGAAUCCGAAGGAGGUGAACAAGAUGCGAGGAUAUCAAAAUUCCUUGACACAGUUGCUUUUCCUCUAUUUCGGAGACAUCCGCAGUUCCGUAAGAAACUCGAGAAUAUGGUGCUAGGGCAUAUAACAUGAUCAGAUGUUCUUGUGCUUGAGAGUUCAAGAAGUAGAAGAUGGUUGUCGUUCUACUCGAUCUUCUACGCAGAGUAG